AUGGAUAUACGUGACAAGAAGUUGCCCCCCAUCCCGGAAGAGCGUACGACAUGCAGCUACAAAGAGGUUGCGUCUUCGUGUAUGCAGUAUGGGAAUCCCUGCAGCCCUGAGGGAAUCAGGAAAGAGAACGAACAUCUCAAAAAAGCAAACGAGACACUCUUCCGCAGAUACCAAGAACUACAAUUCGAGUACAAUAUCUUCCAAGACCAGAUUGUGAAGAAGUUGAACGAGACUGAGAAGGAGUCGGAGCGUCGUCGCAAGAUCAUAGAGGUACAGCAAGAGUCAUUGAACAGCAUCAGACAAUGGGUUAUUGUCUCAACAACAGAUUGUCGUAAGAACUGUGCAGAGUUGAAUCAAACGGCAACUGAGAAUCCCGUCCGUUCCAUAGAUGCCACCAUGUUCUAG